AUGUCUGCGGAGACCAAAUCUAGUGUGGUCAAGGUGAAACCCAGUAGUGGCAAUCAAGAUGGUUCAUCAUCAAGAGGCAAAAUCGAUUCAACUGCAAACAAGAAGAAAGUUGUUGUGAGCUCAACCAAGCAAUCUGUUGAUUCAAAGCAUAGAUCUUCCACAACUUUUACAAAAACUGAGGUGAAAGCAAAAACAACAUCAAUAACCACGACGAAAACAACUACUGUCAAAACAAAAGAGAAGAAAGUUUUUUCUUUACCCGGCCAGAAGUAUGAUCAUCCAGAAGAGCGAGAACCUUUGAGGAUAUUCUACGAGUCAUUGUCGGAACAGAUCCCUUCAAGUGAGAUGGCUGAGUUUUGGUGAGUUUUUUUUUCCUCAUAAAUCUGGCACAUUUACUUUAUCUGGCGUAUCCUAGCCUUUACAAAAGCUUCAAUUUGGCUGUAAUUUCUUUGCUUUGCUUCUGCCACAAAUUUUACCAAGUUAACUAUGUUGAUUGCUUGUUUCUGUUUUAAGCUACUAUUUGAGGCAUAUCCAAUCAAUGCUAAUGUUGUUUUCCAAAAUGAAAGAUCUAUGAGGUAGUCAUAUUUUAGAGUAAGGAUUGUUCGAAGAGGGUCAAUUGGUAUUGUCAAUAUUCUAGGUGGAAAAUGCUCACUUAAUAUACCUAUUAGUCUUGUGCAUUUCUUGUUUAGGAUUAUGCAGCGGUAUAGUAGUUUAUCUUAUUUUCAAGGUUGCUGUUGAGUGGCUGGUCUAUGUUGCAGCAUGCUUGUCACGUGCCUAAACUCUCUUUUCUUCCAGAGGUAGUCAAAAAAUUACUCUCUUGUUUAUGCACAUUACUGCCCGUUAUGUGUGUUUGUGGAAUGAGGAACAUUAAAUUGCAACUGUGCUUGAGGAGAAUUAGGCUCUCUUUUCCUUUGUCCCAGUCUCCGUUGGUUGCUCACUUUUUUCGCUUCCACCCUAUCCACUUAUGUCUGUCAGCCGGCAAUGUCAUGUUGCAUGCACUAUCCAUGUAAAUAAAGAUGUGGCCAGUAAUUUUUACUUAAGUAUUCGAUUUCAUAAUGCCGUGACCAGUGAUUUUUACUCUAUAUUCAAUUUCAUAAUUCUUUCAUGCCUGGUUGAAUAUAAACUUGCAUUUGUUCACUGGAAAGUACACACCUCUGUGUUACUUGCUAGUGGUUGCAGACCAAAUGUUUUAACAAUAAAGGAGUUUUAUCUUAUUUUUUCAUCUCAAAUUGCGCUGUUUUUGUAAAAUACCUUUAACAUCUUGUUUUACAUAGCAGAUCAGGGAUGCUGUAUUUGUAAAUUAUCAGGCAAGAAAUUAAAUGGAUAAUUAAAUUUGCAUAGUUAAGUGUGGGCUGAUGUAAUGACUUAACUGGAGGCUGCAGGGGAAACUAUUACUAUGCUGAUUGAUGAUGCACAAAAUUGCAUUUAUGCACCAUCUAUCGAGUGAUUAGUAUGGUUAAUAAAAUGCAGUAAAUAUGAUGGAG